ACCUGCCUGCUGCCUGCCGCCGAGCUGUCUCUGUCUGUCACUGUCAACUCCCGUCCACUCAUCUCACACCCUUGCUCCUCUCUCUCUCCCUCUCUCCCUCUCUCCCUCUCUCCCUCUCUCCCUCUCUCCCUCUCCUCCUUCAACACACGGGAUCAAGCAUUGACAAUACCGCACCACCAUCCCAUCUCACCACCGGGGCGCGCCAACAUCCUUCAUCCGCCUCACUCAUCACCCGCCCGCUGCCCUCUCGUGUUGUUCCGUCCCAUUGUUGCCAUCGCCGCGGCUCCAAACCCAUCCAAUACCACCCCAACCCGCGUCGCACACCAUGGCCGCCGCCACGCUGCUCAAGCGCAAGCGCACCUCCUCGGACGCGCCCUUUUCCUUUGCCAGCGCGUUCGACAACACCAUGGUCAGCACCACAACCUCAACCACAACCACAACUACAACCAGCAGCUUCAAUCCCGUCUUCGGCUUCCCCGCGAUGGACCCGGGCCGCGACGCGCACCUCAACAGCCGCACCUGGAAGCGCUCACGCAGCAACCGCCCCUCCGACGACGAGGUCCAUCGUAAGUCUGCCGCGUCGCUCCCGCACAACAGCAGCAGCAGUCCUCCUCCUCUGUACAAGAGCUCAACGUGCUUCCCUGCAGAGCGCACCCUCCACCUACUCCUCUCCGCCCAGCAGCAGCAGCAGCAGACGACGACGACAACCAUCGAGCCCAAGACACCCGCGCCCUACGUCGCCGACCGGGGCGCACCCCUCGCCGGCACCUUUCGGCAGCACCACACCGAGCCACAGCAGCAGCGGCGACAGGGCUCCCUGCAUAGCUUCUGGGCCAUCAACUCCGCCCCCACGGCCGCCCCCGACGACUCCAUGACGGGCGUCCAGACGCAUGCCCAGCCCUUGUCUCGCGUGUGCGAAGACUGCGGCGCCGCGCUGGGGGCCGUCCCCGGCGGAGACGACAGCAUGGACAUUGACGGCCUGUCCUCAUCCGAUGACGACGCCGCCGCCCCUUGCGGCAACUGCGGGAAGGUCGUGUGCUUCAGCUGCUCCGUCAGCAGCCUCGGCGAGAAGAAGCGCUGCCUGCGCUGCGCCGACCGUCGCGUCUGGGUCGGCGGUAUCGGCUGGACCAGGAGCGAGGUCCGCGCCUACUAGGCGAUGCGUAUUUGGUUUUAAAAACUGGGCUGCUUUAUAGGGACAGGCGUUUGGAAAAAGGAGCGGCGUCUUCAAUUUCUGGCAUUGGCUUAUAACACCAAGGUUGCGGAUACCAGCAAGGGCUCAGUCCCCGUUGUACAAUGUUUACCAGCGCUGGGAUUAACAUGCGGUUCCCAAUUACCUUAGUACCUGUCAGCAAGGCUGCUGCUUAGGUACCUAGGUAGUAUGUACCAAAAAAAAAAUCGAAGUUUACAACACACGAACC